AUGCCGGGGCCGGAGCAAAGCCCGGGGCUGAUGCCGGGGCCGGGGUCGGCGCUGAUGCCGGGGCCGGGCCGGGCCGGGCUCUCGUUACCUGCGAGCCGGGAGCGCGUCCGGCCCCGCCUCACCUGGGCCAGAUCCUGCCGGGAAGAAUCGCCUCCCCGAGGGUCCCUGUGCCCACCCCGAGCGAUCCCAUCUCCCAGUCUCACUGCCCGAGGAUCCCCGUCCCGAAGUGUCCCUGUCCCAAACAGCUGGUGGUUCGCUCCUGGGGGGUCGGAGGUUUGGAGAAAAGGAAAGAAACCCAUUGGGAAGGCGGCAGCAGGGAAGGAGCCUGCCGGCAGCGGGGGCCGGAGCAGUGACCUGGCGGCGGCGCGGCGGAGGCUGGUGGCGGCCGAGGGGCGGCGGCGGGCGGCGGCCGAGCUGGAGGGGAGGGUGCGGCAGGUUCACUGCGCUCUGCUGCACGCCGAGCUGCGCCUGGCCGCCCGCGCCGAGACCCUGGGCCGCCUCGGCGCCGGCGUGGCUCAGGCUCAGCUGGCGCUGGCGGCCCAAAGCCAGCGGCUGCAGAAGGGGCUCCGCCGCCGCCCGCGCCCCCGGCCCGGGGCGCUCCUGGCCGCCGCCCGCGCCCUCCGCAGCUGCGUGCCCUGGGCCCCCGCACGGAGCCGCGGGGCCGCCGCCGGUACCCCCGUGCGCCGCCUGCCCGCAGCCACCCGCGGCUCCGCCUAG